UCCAUCCGUCCGUCUGUCCAUCCCCCGCAAGAAGCCGGUACCAUGCCCCCGCGGCCGGAGCCGCCUCCGCCGCCGCUUCGCCCCGGGCCCCGCGGAACCGGAGCGGGCGGUGGGGCAGGGCGGCCCCGGGCGUAGGGGAGCGGGGGGGGGGGGGGGGGGGAGGCGGGCGGCGGGGGAUGCUGCUGGCGGGGCCGCACCUGCGCUCCCCGGGCUGCGGCAGCCGGUGGGCUCCGGGGCCGGUCCCCCCACCCCGGCCCUUCUCCAUCCCUCCCCGUGCAACGGAGCAGCUCGGCAAAAGCCGGGGGGGGGUGGGGGGGUGGGGGAAACAACCGGGAGGAAGCAGUGGGGAUCCCCCCCCACCCCCCCACCCCCACCAAAGCGGUUGCCCUCGAAGGAGGAGCGGGGAGGCAUCGCGACAUCUUUUUUUUUCGCUCCGCGUCGCUUCGGUUUGCAACCUGGCAGUGCGCAAGGGCUGGGGAGAGCGAGCUGGCAGGGAGCUGGGGAGGCAGGCUCGCUCGGCUCCCGGCCUCCCCACGCCACGCCACGCCAGCGGUUAUUUAUAAUUAGCCCCCCUUUUCCCUCCUUCGGCCGCUCCCCGGCACGCCGCGGGAUUCGGGGUUACGGCUGCGGGAGAAGGGGAAAGGCCUCGCGGCUCGGCGGCCGGCGAUGCUGCGGGCGAUGCCCCGGUGAGCAUCGGGGCGCGGGGGGACCGCGGCGUUCCUGCGGGCUCGGCGUAGGGGAGAGCACCACGAUGCCCAGAAACAGGGCUUUUUCGGAGCCCGAGUGCUCGGCCGAGUACUCCGCCGACUACUCGGUGAGCCUGCCGUCGGACCCCGAGCACGGCGUGGGUCGGACCCACGAGGUGACGGUGCGCAGCUCGGGACCCUGCCUCUGCCUACCCCGCUUCAUGCGCCUCACCUUCGCUCCCGAAUCCUUGGAGAACCUCUACCAGACUUAUUUCCGUCGCCAACGCCACGAGACCCUCCUGGUGCUGGUGGUCUUCGCCGCUCUCUUCGACUGCUACGUCCUCGUCAUGUGCGCCGUGGUUUACGCCGCCGACAAGCUGGCCCCGGCGCUGGCGGCAGCGACCGGGCUGGUCGCCCACGUCUUGCUCUUCAUCCUUUGCAAGUACAAGCUGCUCCCUGAGCGGGUGGCCCGCAGGUUCCUGCCCUACGUCCUCUGGGUCCUCAUCUUGGCCCAGAUCUUCUGCUACCUGGGUCUCAACUUCUCCCGCUCGCCCGAAGCCAGCGACACGGUGGGCUGGCAGGCGUUCUUCGUCUUCUCCUUCUUCAUCACGCUGCCGCUGCGCUUGGCGCCCAUCGUGCUCAUCACCGCCGUCUCCUGCGGCGUUCACACGCUGGUGCUCGGUGUCACCGUCGCCCAGCAGCGGCAGGACACCCUGGACGAGGGCGCGCUGCUGAGACAGAUCCUGUCCAACGUUGCCAUCUACCUUUGCGCCAUCACGGUGGGCACCAUGUCCUACUACAUGGCCGACCGCAAGCACCGCAAAGCCUUCCUCGAAGCGCGCCAGUCCCUCGAGGUCAAGCUCAACCUGGAGGAGCAGAGCCAGCAGCAGGAGCGACUCAUGCUCUCCAUCCUGCCCAAGCAUGUGGCCGAUGAGAUGCUGAAGGACAUGAAGAAGGACCCCAGCCAGAAGGAGAUGCAGCAGUUCAACACCAUGUACAUGUAUCGCCAUGAGAACGUCAGCAUCCUCUUCGCAGACAUCGUGGGCUUCACCCAGCUCUCCUCGUCCUGCAGCGCCCAGGAGCUGGUGAAGCUCCUCAACGAGCUCUUCGCCCGCUUCGACAAGCUGGCAGCUAAAUACCACCAGCUGCGCAUCAAGAUCCUGGGCGACUGCUACUACUGCAUCUGCGGGCUGCCCGAGUACCGGGAGGACCACGCCGUCUGCUCCAUCCUGAUGGGGCUGGCCAUGGUGGAGGCCAUUUCCUACGUGCGGGAGAAGACCAAGACGGCGGUGGACAUGCGGGUGGGGGUGCACAGCGGGACGGUGCUGGGGGGCGUGCUGGGCCAGAAGCGUUGGCAGUACGACGUGUGGUCCACGGACGUCACCGUGGCCAACAAGAUGGAGGCGGGGGGAAUCCCCGGGCGGGUGCACAUCUCGCAGAGCACCAUGGAUUGCCUGAAGGGCGAGUUCGAGGUGGAGCCGGGCGAAGGCGGCUCGCGCUGCGAGUACCUGAAGGAGAAGGGCAUCGUCACCUACCUCGUCGCGGUCCCCAAGCAGCCCCUGCGCAACGGCAUCAACGGGGUGAAGCUGUCGCUGACCUCGUCCCACGGCGCCUCCCCGCCGUUGGUCAACACCAAGGAGCGCAACGGCAGCCUCAGCCUGGCCUGCGCCAGCCCCGAGGAGCCCGAGGAGCCCGACGCCAGGGUGAGGGGCACCCUGGAGAGCGGGGAGGAAGAUGGAGAGGCGGUGAACCCCUCCUUCCCCAACCCCCGGCGGCGGCUGCGCCUGCGGGACCUGGCCGAGCGGGUGAUCGACGCUUCGCAGAACGAGCAGGAGCUCAACAAGCUGCUCAACGAAGCCUUGCUGGAACGCGAGUCCGUCCAGGCGUUGAAGGGGAAGAGCACCUUCCGGCUCUCCAUGCGCUUCAUUGACCCCGAGAUGGAGACGCGCUACUCGGUGGAGAAGGAGAAGCAGAGCGGGGCCGCCUUCAGCUGCUCCUGCGUCGUCCUCUUCUUCACCGCCUUGGUGGAGGUCUUCAUCGACCCUUGGUUGGUGGCCAACUACGUGACCUUCGUGGUGGGGGAGAUCCUGCUGCUCAUCCUCACCCUUUGCUCGUUGGCUGCCAUCUUCCCCCGGGUCUUCCCCAAAAAGCUCGUGGCCUUCUCCACCUGGAUCGACAGGACCCGCUGGGCGCGCAACACCUGGGCUAUGGCUGCCAUCAUCAUCGUCACCAUGGCCGACAUCGUGGACAUGCUCAGCUGCCGGCAGGACCACGGCGGGACGGGCAACGGGACGGUGGGGCCACCGCGGGCGGGCGGCUGCGGGGAGCAGCCCAAGUACUACAGCUACAUCGCCGUGCUGGCCUUGGUGGCCACCAUCAUGCUGGUGCAGGUCAGCCACAUGGUCAAGCUGACCCUCAUGGUGCUGAUCACCGGGGCCACCGGCGCCGUCAACAUCUACGCCUGGGAGCACAUCUUCGACCAGUACGACCACCGCCGUGGCCGGCAAAGCACCAGGUCCUCGCCGGUCCCCUCCAAGUACUCCAUGACGGCGAUGAUCUUCAUCGUGAUGCUCAGCUUCUACUACUUCUCUCGCCACGUGGAGAAGCUGGCCAGGACCCUCUUCCUCUGGAAGAUUGAUGUCCAUGACCAGAAGGAACGCGUCUACGAGAUGCGGCGCUGGAACGAGGCCCUCGUCACCAACAUGCUGCCCGAGCACGUGGCCCGGCACUUCCUGGGCUCCAAGAAGCGGGACGAGGAGCUGUACAGCCAGUCCUACGACGAGAUCGGUGUCAUGUUUGCCUCCCUCCCCAACUUUGCCGACUUCUACACCGAGGAGAGCAUCAACAACGGGGGCAUCGAGUGCCUGCGGUUCCUCAACGAGAUCAUCUCCGACUUUGACGCGCUCCUGGAUGAACCCCAGUUCCGGUGCAUCACCAAAAUCAAAACCAUUGGCAGCACCUACAUGGCUGCUUCUGGAGUGACCCCCGACGCCAACGCCAACGGCUACAGCGCCAAGAAGGAGCCCCUCUCGGAUAAGGAGCGCUGGCAGCACUUGGCCGACCUGGCUGAUUUUGCCUUAGCCAUGAAGGUGACGCUGAUGAACAUCAACUACCAGUCCUUCAACAACUUCAUGCUCCGCAUAGGCAUGAACAAGGGGGCCGUGCUGGCGGGCGUCAUCGGCGCCCGCAAGCCGCACUACGACAUCUGGGGCAACACGGUGAACGUGGCCAGCAGGAUGGAGUCCACCGGCGUGAUGGGGAACAUACAGGUGGUGGAGGAGACCCACCUCAUCCUGAAGGAGUACGGCUUCCGCUUCGUGCGCCGGGGAGCCAUCUACGUCAAGGGCAAAGGGGAGCUGCUCACCUUCUUCCUCAAAGGCCGGGAGAAGCAGGGCUCCUUCGUCAACGGCUCCUCCGUCACCCUGCCCCACCAGGUCGUGGACAACUCCUGAGGGUCCCGCGCCCACCCACCACCGAGCGGGGUGGUCCCCCAGCCCCCCUGCCUCCAGGGGUGGGGGGACACAUCCAUCCCCGCCGCGAUCCGGCUCUGCAACCAAACUCCAGAACCCGACCCCCCCGCUUCACACCGCCCCUUAACCGAGCGCCCGGCGGAGAUUUUUGGGGGGGGGGGUGUGUGUUUGCUCUAUCGCACCCGCGGCCGAGCAGGAGGGAGACCCGUUCAGGACAUGCGACACUUUUUCCCCCCCCCUCCACCUCCCCGAGUGUCCCGGUGGCCGUGUCACCGGGGGGGGGACACACACACACACACACACAGUCGAGUAGCAUUCAUUCGCGUGCUCGGCGCGAGGAGAUCCAAACUCAGGGCCGGAUGGGAAGACCCCGCGUCUCUCCUGCGUGCCGGGAGCGGUAGCUACACAACCGGGAGCGUCCGGGGCUUGUUCGUACCAAGUUCAUCCUCGUUACAAACCGCUGGAGUUAGGAGAUGGGAAAGGGGGUGUGUGUGUGUGUGUGUGGGGGGGGGGAACGGAGAGCCCGGUGCUGCCUUUUGACUCGGGGAAGAAGAAAAAAAAAAAAAAGGAACCGAUAACCGUGUAUUUCAGAUAUAUAAAUCUAUAUAAGAGUACA